AUGUCAUUGCCCAACUCACCGUUCUCUGACUUGCUCGGCACGAACUACGUCCCGCAAGAUGACGAGCGCGAAAGGAUCAACCGCUUUCUCGUGUCUCCCAUCGAUGAGCUGCGGCGCUUGAAUCACGAGAUCCGGGAGGUGGAGGAACGACUGCACGCGCUGUGCACACAGCGCGAUGAGCUGGAGACGGAGAUCGGGAAACAUAAGGCACUGGUGUCCCUCGUGCGGCGCCUUCCGGACGAGCUUCUGGGGGAGAUCUUCUGCUUCUGUAUCGCCGCGUACCCUGCGCUAGUCGACCCGCGCACGCCUCCGAUCUGUCUGGGACACGUAUCACGCGAGUGGCGGCGAGUGUCGCACUCUACCCCCGAGCUGUGGUCGUCGCUGCACGUGCCGCACCUGGGGCGGGCUGACUUCGGGGUCUUGGAGGACGAGCGCGGACGCUUCGUCGACCUGGCCUUGGAGUGGGUCGCGCGGAGCGGCAGCCACCCGCUGUACAUCUCGUCCACGCUGGACGAGCUGAAUACGCAGCCCGUGCAGGCCGUCGCGCGCCACGCGUGGUCGCACAUCGCGAAUCUGUGCCUCAUAUUCCCCGCCGCCGUGCCCGCGCCCACCGUCGCGUCGUUCCUGCAGCUGGAGCUGCCCGCGCUGCACACGCUGCACGUCGAGUGCCACUCCGACUUCGGGUCCGCGCUGUGGGCGGACGCCGCGGUCCUGCGCGCUCCGCGCCUGCGUGUGCUGCUGCUGCGCAUCUCCGCCGACGCCGCGAAGCUCGUCCUGCCCGCGCCCUCGCUCGUCGAGUUCGACCUCAAGUGCCUGCAGACGCGCGAGGGCGGCGCGGACCUCACCGGCGGGCUCUCCGUGCACCACUGCCUCGACAUCGUCCGGCGCUGCCCGGCGCUGCGCAAGGCCGUCUUCCGGUGCACGCUGUUCGGCUCGCUCGCCGGCACCGGCGCCGCGGCCGCCCUACCCCCCUCCGGCACGCCGUCCGCGCUGCGCGAGGUGCACUUCUACCUGGGCAACGACCUGCCCGUGUUCUUCGCGAACCUGGGCCUCCCCGCGCUCGCGCACCUGCGGCUGACGCACCCGGCGAUGCCCGGCCCGGACCACGCGCUGUUCUUCGCGUCGCUCGAGCCGCACCUCGCGGUGCUCGCGACGGCGGAGCUGUCCACCGCGUUCUUCAGCAACGACACGCUGCUCGCGCUGCUCCGCGCAACGCCGCGCCUGCGCAGGCUCAAGCUGGACGGCCUGCGCAGCACGUCCUCGGCUACGCUCACGAACGACAUGGUCCGCGCGGCCUGCAGCGAGGGCUUCGCGAGCGAGCUCGAGGUGCUCGAGUGUGGCGACGGGAGUAUCAGCUGCUCGGACAAGGUCCUGGAGCGUUUCGUGCUGCUGCGGCCCACGCUGGUGGAGGUGCGCGUCCGCUUCAGCCGGUACGCGGACCGCGACAUCGCGGCAACACCCGCAGUCCGCGCCAGGAUCGAGAAUGGCCUCGCAUUCAGCGCCCGAUACAAGGUCACGGGGAAGUGGCAUUAUCAGCCGGCGAGCGGGACCACGUUGUGGCGAUUAUGA